AUGCAGCCCGUUGCACUCGCCUCGAUCGCGUUGGUGGCCACUGCGGCCACACUGUUCGCCUCGGCCGACGCCCAUGGGCAGAUGCUGGUGCCCGACUACCGUCAAAUCUCGGCCAAGUUCCGCAAGGAUUCAGGUGCACUGUCCCAGGCAGGAGACCAGGAGCUGCAGUACGCACCCGUGGAGAACCUGUCCGGCCGCUCGCAGAAGGAUUUCCCGGAGGCCGCGACGUUCAACCUUAUGAACGGAUGCCGCGGCACGGUCUACGAGGAAGGCAACAACGUCACCACCUUGCAGCCGGGCAAAGACUUCGAUGUAAAGUGGAUCAUCCAGGCGCCGCACCCGGGCACCAUGAAGCUGAGCAUCGUUAAGCCCAGCGAAGAUUCCGCGGGCAAGAUCACGUACAAGAACUACAAGACGAUCCUGACGGUCGACCCGUUCGCUCAGAACGGCGGCGGCGAAGACGGCACGACCACCACCAUGCCCACGGACGUGACGGGCUGCGAUAGCGCGGGGGACUGCGCCCUCGAGGAGACUAUGAAGGAAUCGGACGAAGGCAGCAACGCGCAGAACUCUUCACCCUCGACGAACAAUACGCCGACGGCCACCACUGCCGCCCCUGAAGCUACGACUGCUCCUUCGAGCGCGGCUACGACCCCGAGCACUUCAACCUCCGAGUCAUCUGUCGCUGGCGACGCGGACUCGAACAAGUGCUCGCGCCGCAUGCGUCGCCACUAG